AGCAGAUGGCGGCGAGCCUUCAGGAGCGGGAGGCGGGAAGCAGGAGAUCUUCCCAACCCAGGGAUCGAACCCAGGUCUCCCGCAUUGCGGGCGGAUUCUUUACCAGCUGAGCCACCAGGGAAGCAGGCCUUGUAGAACUGCUCAUUAAAGUGGUGUUUGCAGCCGUAGCACCGCCUACAAAGCAGGAGGAGUUGGCGUGACGCUGCUCCAGCGCGGUGUCUGAGCCGUUUCGCGAGAGCGGAGUGAGGCGGGGCGCUGGCAGCCUGAGGCGAGAUGAAGACCGUGCUGAUGGUGGCUGAGAAGCCGUCCUUGGCCCAGUCCAUCGCCAGGAUCCUCUCUCGAGGCAGCAUGUCCUCACGCAAAGGGCUGAACGGGGCCUGCUCGGUGCAUGAGUACAGUGGGGCCUUCGAGGGCCAGCCGGCCCGCUUCAAGAUGACGUCGGUCUGCGGCCACGUGAUGACGCUGGACUUCCUGGGAAAGUACAACAAGUGGGACAAAGUGGACCCCGCCGAGCUGUUCAGCCAGGCCCCGACGGAGAAGAAGGAGGCCAACCCCAAGCUGAAUAUGGUGAAGUUCCUGCAGGUAGAGGGCAGGGGCUGCGACUGCAUUGUGCUGUGGCUGGACUGCGACAAGGAGGGCGAGAACAUCUGCUUCGAGGUGCUGGACGCGGUGCUGCCCGUCAUGAAGCAGACCCACAGCGGCGAGCAGACGGUGUUCCGGGCCCGCUUCAGCUCCAUCACGGACACGGACAUCUGCGCUGCCAUGGCCCGCCUGGGCGAGCCCGACCACAACGAGGCGCUCUCGGUGGACGCGCGGCAGGAGCUGGACCUCCGCAUUGGCUGCGCCUUCACGAGGUUCCAGACUAAAUACUUCCAAGGGAAAUACGGCAACCUGGACAGCUCGCUCAUCUCCUUCGGGCCGUGCCAGACCCCCACGCUGGGGUUCUGUGUGGAAAGGCAUGACAAGAUCCAGUCCUUCAAACCGGAGACCUACUGGGUGCUGCAGGCCAAGGUGGACGUCGACAAGGACCGCUCCCUCCUCCUGGACUGGGACCGUGUCCGCGUGUUCGACCGGGAGGUCGCACAGAUGUUCCUGAACAUGACCAGGCUCGAGAAGGAGGCCCAGGUGGAGGCCACAAGCAGGAAGGAGAAGGCCAAGCAGCGGCCCCUGGCCCUGAACACUGUGGAGAUGCUGCGUGUGGCCAGCUCUGCCUUGGGCAUGGGCCCGCAGCACGCCAUGCAGACCGCCGAGCGGCUGUACACGCAGGGCUACAUCAGCUACCCGCGCACCGAGACCACCCACUACCCCGAGAGCUUCGACCUCAAGGGGCCCCUGCGGCAGCAGGCCAGCCACCCCUACUGGGCUGACACGGUGAAGCGGCUCUUGGCAGAAGGUCUCAACCGCCCACGGAAAGGUCACGAUGCUGGUGACCAUCCCCCCAUCACCCCCAUGAAGUCUGCCACGGAGGCUGAGUUAGGGGGCGAGGCCUGGCGCCUCUACGAGUACAUCACCCGGCACUUCAUCGCCACCGUGAGCCACGACUGCAGGUACCUGCAGAGCAGCGUCUCCUUCCGGAUUGGGCCCGAGCGCUUCACCUGCUCGGGCAAGACCGUCAUCUCCCCAGGCUUCACGGAGAUCAUGCCCUGGCAGAGUGUGCCCCUGGAGGAGAGCCUGCCCACCUGCCAGAAGGGCGACACCCUGGCCGUGGCCGAGGUCAAGCUGCUGGAGAAGCAGACGAGCCCGCCGGACUACCUGACCGAGGCCGAACUCAUCACCCUCAUGGAGAAGCACGGCAUCGGGACGGAUGCCAGCAUCCCCGUGCACAUCAACAACAUCUGCCAGCGCAACUACGUGGUCGUGGAGAGCGGGCGCCGGCUCAAGCCCACCAACCUCGGCAUCGUCCUGGUGCACGGCUACUACAAGAUCGACGCCGAGCUGGUGCUGCCCACCAUCCGCAGCGCCGUGGAGAAGCAGCUGAACCUGAUUGCGCAAGGCAGAGCCGACUUCCGCCAGGUGUUGGGCCACACCCUGGACGUCUUCAAGAGGAAGUUCCACUACUUCGUGGACUCCAUCGCGGGCAUGGAUGAACUGAUGGAGGUGUCCUUCUCGCCCCUGGCGGCCACGGGCAAGCCCCUCUCCCGCUGCGGGAAGUGCCACCGGUUCAUGAAGUACAUCCAGGCCAAGCCGAGCCGCCUGCACUGCUCACACUGCGACGAGACCUACACGCUGCCCCAGAACGGCACCAUCAAGCUCUACAAGGAGCUGCGGUGCCCGCUGGACGACUUCGAGCUGGUGCUGUGGUCGUCGGGCUCCAGGGGCAAGAGCUACCCGCUGUGCCCCUACUGCUCCAACCACCCGCCCUUCCGGGACAUGAAGAAGGGCGCCGGCUGCAACGAGUGCACGCACCCCGGCUGCCCGCACUCGCUCAGCAUGCUGGGCGUCGGCCAGUGCGUGGAGUGCGAGAGCGGCGUGCUGGUGCUCGACCCCACGUCCGGCCCCAAGUGGCGCGUGGCCUGCAACAGGUGCAGCGUGGUGGCCCACUGCUUCGAGAACGCCCACCGCGUGCGCGUGUCCGCCGAGACGUGCGCCGCCUGCGAGGCCGCCCUGCUGGACGUGGACUUCAACAAGGCCAAGUCCCCGCUGCCGGGCAACGGCACGCGGCACACGGGCUGCGUCUUCUGCGACCCCAUCUUCCGGGAGCUGGUGGAGCUGAAGCACGCGGCGUCCUGCCACCCUAUGCACCGCGGGCCCGGGCGGAGGCAGGGCCGGGGCCGGGGCCGGGGCCGGGGGCCAGCGGGGAAGCCGGGUCCCCGGCGGCCCAAGGACAAGAUGUCAGCCCUGGCAGCCUACUUUGUGUGACGGCCGGCAGGCUCCGUGCCGCGGCCUCCGGGCCACGGGGGUCAUUAAAGGCGGUGUCUUCUGCAGAGCCA